CAUAAAUAAAGAUCUAAAUUUAAUUUAUGAUAACCUCAUUUUAAUCGAUCAACCUAACCAAUCAUUACUUAAUAGUUUAAAAUUAUCUGAUAUUGAUUAAUUAUAUAAUAUAUUAUUUAAUUAUUAAAUAUUAAAGAGAUAUUCGAAGAUUUAUCAAAUAUUAAUUGAUUUGUUCGCGCACAUGGUUAAAGGGCGAUACGCGCAUGCGCCGAAUACAUUCACUGAUUUCACUUUCUGAUCAACCUAGCGUACAUAAGAUACAUAACGUAUACACUUUGUUCGUUGUGUAUGUGUAUGAUAAUAUGUGCACACGUAGCGCGAAAAGUGACCAAAGAGAAGAAGAAGACACACGUCGUCCUUCUAAAAUAAGUCGUGUAAUAUCGUCAACUGUUUCACAACAAAUGUUUUGAUUCAUUUCUUUUUCGUUAUUCUUUUGUAAUAAAUUUUUCUUUUUCUAUAUUAAAAAUAAUUUGGUAAAAUUUAAAUCGAAAUAAUAAACGUUAGAAAAAUAUGUUUCGUGAAGGACAAUACAUAGAAGUGAUAAAGCUGUGUUUUCAGGCUUGGGACAAUUGCGUGGCGACGGUUGUUGUAACCGUGCAAGAGAGAAUUAUUGAAAUUAAGAAGAAAAAGGUAUCAACCAACAAGUGGCUUGAUUUGGAAGAUUGGGCAGCCGUUUAUAAAAUGUUGGACAGAGUUGUUCUACGUAAUUGCAAGAAUAAUAUCAACGAACAAUGUUAUAAAAAAUUAGAAGGAAAUCAAUGGAAAAAAUUUACCAGACAAUUGGAUAUUACGUGUACAAUUGAAUCGUUCGAAUAUACCAAAGAUACUUUGUUGUUAACUAUUAGAGUCAAUGUGUCGCCUGCAAAAAGAAAGUUAACCAAGGUUGUUGAUAAUCAUGAACAAAGUUCUGGCGAUGAGAAACAAUAUUCUAAAGAAUUAUCAAAUAGUUUGGUUAAGAAAGAUAAAGAUAAUUUGGAUAAGCCUGACAGUACUAGCAAUUCGCAAUUGGAACAAUUCAAUUAUUCUUCUAAUUGUCAAGAAUUAGAAGAGUACGUGCCAGAUGCUCUUAUUACACAAAAUUCUUCCCCUUUAAAGUAUAUACCAAGUAGAAAAAGUACGUUGCAAAGGAUGCAAAUACCAUGCGAAGAGUAUACACCUGUGCAAACGUGCAAUGUUACCGAUAACAAUGUUCCAUAUGUACCUAAUUCCAUUAUUAAAAAUUUCACUAACUCUUAUGAAGCUUAUGAACCACAUAGCAUUACUUCUAUGGAAUUAGUAGAAGAAUACGUACCAAAUUCUAAAGGUAUUAAAUCUUCUGUUGAAGAAUACGAACCGGAUUUUCGUGGAAAAUUAAUGAAAUUUGACGAAAGUUAUGUACCAUCUUCUGUACAAACUUCCAAUGAUGUUGAUGUUAAAAGAAUACAUAAGAUAGAUAAAUUAAAGUCACGAAGAAAAGGUACACUUACCAGUAAAAAGAAGUCGCAACUUUUUUAGUAUCAAUUCAAUUCAUUUUGUAUAAAAAAAAAAUCAUCGUGAAAAUUACUUUUGAUAAACGCAAUA